AGUGACGUACCGACUGACAUGACAGCUAUGUCAGCUAUUUUCGUGAUUAAAUCCUUAACAUAAUAAAUAUCAGAGUAUUAUUUCAAUUUUGUUUGUAACGAAUGCAUUAUGUUGUAAAGAAUAAGCGUUAAGUGAACUUUAAAUAUCAUCACAAUUGUUGGCGAACUUUGGUGCCGUUAAAAAAAGAAACAUCAUGAGUAUACUGGUGUGUCGAGUAUGUUUAUCAACAGAGGAACAAAAUUUGCUUCCCCUGGAUGAAACUUUUAUUAACAACUAUAAUUUACUAACCAAUUUGAAUAUAACUCUCCUAGAUGGGAUGCCACAAAACUCAUGUCGAACAUGUUUAGACACAGUAAAGUGUUACAUAGAAUUUAGGGAAAAGUCUAUUUCGGCAGAAGAAACUCUAAGAGAGUUAGUUUUGAAUAAAGUUAAGUCAGAAAAUAAACCAAGUCUUGAAGACAGAGAAAACUCUACUACUAAUGGAGAUAAGUAUGAUCCACCCGUAAAGUCUGAGAUAAAAGAGGAAGCAUAUGACUCUAUGGAUGAUUUUUACUCUGAAUAUGUAGAGAAUGUUGAAGAUUUAAUUGUUAAAAAGGAUGAAGAUGAAUAUGAAGUACCUACAAAAAAGAGAAGAAAAAGGCUAACAGCUACAAAACCUAGAAAAACACUAGCUGUUAAAAAACAAACAAAAAGUAUUAGAAAAACACAAAAAGAUGAAAAACCUAAAUUAAAAGAAAAACUUAAAAUUGAUAUGAAUAAUGAAAAGAUGUGUGGUAUAUGUCCAAAGAAAUUUGAGGAUAAAAAUGAACUGAAAAAACAUAUAGAUGUUCAUAAAAACACUAGAACAUGUGUGAUCUGUGGGGAGCAGGUGAACAGCUUGUCCCAACUCCUUGCACAUAGAGUGACACACAUACCACAGAGUCAAAAUAUAUGUCUCAUUUGUGAUAAAAAGUUCAAGUCUUCUAUUUAUCUAGAAUUCCACUAUAGGAAUUUGCACAUUGAAGAAGAUGAUAAAAAGCUUUACUGUAACCAGUGUCCACAAGUAUGUCCCUCUCCAAAGAAAUUCACCGAUCAUAUGAAACACGUGCAUUCUCAAAUUAUGAAAUACUUUUGCGACACGUGCUCUAAAGGUUUCAGAUGCAAAUCAAAUCUUAAGUCGCAUAUACAGAGUCAUAAUACUAAUAAAAGUUUUGUCUGUGAUUUGUGCGGAUUUUCUUGUAAACAAAGAAAUGGAUUAUAUGACCAUAAAAUAAGAAAACAUACGCCUCAGAGGGUUUACUGUAAACAAUGCAAGAGACCAUUCCCGAAUCAGUUGAACUAUGAUAACCACAAGUGUCGUAAGGUGGCGGCCAUAUGUCCAAUAUGCGGUAAAGAAAUCAGAGAAAGUAAUAGGCUAUCUCGUCAUAUGGCAGUACAUAGUGACGUUCAGAAAUACGAGUGUACCCGAUGUCCGGCGAAGUACAAGUCGAAAGCAGCGCUCAUCGCCCAUAUGGACAGACACGACGACAAUCGCACCAAACAGUGCGAAUACUGUCCCGCUAAAUUCUUCACAGCGUCAGUAUUAAUCAAGCACCGUCGAAUACAUACAGGUGAAAAACCAUAUGUGUGCAAGAUUUGUAACAAAGCAUUUACAGGAAAUCACAAUCUCAAAGUUCACAUGAAGGUCCACGGAGAAUACUUGGUUGUUAAAAGGGAUAGUGUUAAACAAGAAGAUUUAUUUAAUGUUGCCAAAUGAGGGCAGUUGGGUUGUUGCAAACAUUUAUAUUUGUUAUUCAAUUAUAAUUGUAUUAUUUUCGUAAACUAAAAAUAAAUAACUUUUUAGAAA